CACAGUGAAUGCAUGGAGAAUAAGAGAAAUGUGACCGAGUUCAUUUUAAUUGGUCUCGCCCAGAACCCCAGAAUGCAGAAACUAGUGUUUGUGGCCUUCCUUGUUCUAUACAUGGUGACCCUCUCCGGCAACUUGCUCAUCAUUGUCACCAUCUUCAGCAACCAGGCUCUGAGCUCACCCAUGUAUUUCUUCCUGAGCCACCUUUCCUUGAUAGACACAAUUUAUUCUUCUUCUUCAGCUCCAAAGCUGAUUGUGGACUCACUUCACGAGAAGAAAUCCAUCUCCUUUCAUGGUUGUAUGGCUCAGGUCUAUGCAGAGCACAUUUUUGGUGGUACUGAAAUCAUCCUACUGACAGUGAUGGCCUAUGAUCGCUACGUGGCCAUCUGCAAACCUCUGCACUACGUGACCAUCAUGAGCCGCAAGCUGUGCAUUCUGCUUGUGGGAGUGGCCUGGACUGGAGGAUUUCUGCAUGCAACUAUUCAGAUCCUGUUUACCGUGUGGCUGCCCUUCUGUGGCCCCAAUGUCAUAGACCACUUUAUGUGUGACUUGUACCCUUUGUUGAAACUUGUGUGCAUGGACACUCACACCCUUGGUCUGUUUGUUGCUGCCAACAGUGGGUUUAUCUGUCUGUUAAACUUCCUCCUCUUGAUGGUGUCUUAUGUGGUCAUCCUCCGCUCCCUGAAGCACUAUAGCUUGGACGGGAGGAGUAAAGCCCUCUCCACUUGUGUGUCUCACAUUACGGUUGUUGUGUUAUCGCUUGUGCCUUGCAUAUUUGUGUACCUGCGCCCAGUGACCAUUCUGCCCAUUGAUAAAGCCGUUGCUGUCUUUUACACUGUGGUGUCACCUAUGCUAAACCCUUUAAUUUACACUCUCAGAAAUGCUGAGGUAAAGAGUGCAAUAGGGAAGCUCUGGAGGAGAAAAGUGACUUCAGGGACUAGUUAA